GUGGAAGUUGAUGUCAGUUCUUUGCGGUCGUUUUUAUUCGGUUAGCGUUUUUUCUACAUAAAUAAAAAUAGAAGGCAAGAAUAAGUGCGCGUAAUGAGCACACAAAGUUCUUCCGUGAAGUUAAAAGAGCUGCGUCUGCCGAUCUCGAGGGUAAAGACAAUUAUGAAGAGCUCGCCUAGCGUUGAUACCGUCGGCCAGGACGGUUUGUUCUUGGUCACAAAAGCCACGGAACUCUUCAUACAUUACCUGACAGAGGAAGCACACAUGCAAAGCAACAAGGGACCCUCUCUGGAUUAUAAACACCUAGCAGAGAUAGUACAGACCAACGACACGCUGGAGUUUCUGCGAGAAAUAAUGCCUAGAAAGAUCACGGUUCGGCAAUUUAAGGAAAUGAUGGCAGCCAAAGAACCUAACAGCAGCAGUUCCUCGGAGAGCAGUUCUGAUUCAGACAGCGACAGUGACUCUGACACGGACUCCUGUUCAGAUAGCGAUGAAACAAAGGGAGAUAAUGGGAACUCGUCGAGCAGUGAACAGGAAAGUGAAACCAAGGAGAAUGGUGCUUGUCAUUCAGACAGUGACAAAAGUGAAAGCAGUGUGAAAAGUGACAGUGAAGAGAACAAUAAGAGAUGAAUUCGUCGAUUUCUGCUUCCAACAGACUUCGAUUAUUUAACAAAUUUUGGUUUAUUUUUUUAUAAACUGUCGUAGAUUAACAAGAUUUAUCUAGUACCAAGAUCGUGCGUCUAUAUUGCAGAACAAAUAAACACAGUCACAAAAU